AUGUACUAUCUUCACCUGGGAGACGCUGUUGUCAAGGCGUACUGCUACAUGGACGAGAUGUGUGGAUCCAAAGGAUGGACGAUGAUCAUGAAGAUCGAUGGGACCAAGACAACAUUUCACUACGCUUCACCCUAUUGGACAAACAAAGCCACCUACAACAUCGCUGGCGCUUCUGGAGGUYUCGACGACCAAGAAACUAAACUAGAAACCUACUCUCACCUUUCAUUUAACUUGCUUUGCUUGGGAUUCACGUCUGGGAAUGAAACAAACUGGAUGCCUUUAUCGUAUCCUGCAAACUCACUACACUCUCUCAUCGCAGACGGAGUGUAUAGGAAUACGAGCAACGGUAGAGAAGUCUGGAAGGGUUUGAUUCAAGGGUCCUCUCUGCAAAAUGAAUGUCACAAGGAAGGAUUUAACGUCAGAUUUAGGUUUGUUAACAUGGCAAGGAUUGGUAUUCUUGGCAGUAGCAAAAAAGGUUGUGAAAAUCCCGAGUCGCGUAUUGGUUUUGGUACUGGAGGAAAUGAAUGUGGUCAGGAUGACUGGAAUACCGCAGGGAAUGAAGCACGUUGUGGAUCUGAUAACGGUGACCAGAGUAUUACAGGCAUAGGGUAUAUAUUUGCCCGAACUGAAAUGAAAAUCGAUAAUCAAACCUCUGUUCCUACUGUUGAUCCCAACCGUGACGCUGAUAGAAGCUUUGGAUCUCUUCUGAACCCUGCAAAAUCAUGUUUGGAUAUCCAACAAGAUAUGGGAAGAAACGCAACGAGUGGCGUAUACUACCUUUUUCUCAAUGGUAAAACAGUCAUGACGUACUGUCAUAUGGAAGCGAUAUGCGGCAAGACUGGAUGGACGAUGAUAAUGAAGAUAGACGGGCACAAGACUACAUUUCGUUAUACAUCUUCGUACUGGACCGAUACAUCUACCUACAACACUGCAUUAGCUUCUGGAGGUCUUGACAACCAAGAAACCAAACUGGAAACGUACUCUGAGUUUCCAUUUGAAACGUUAUGCUUGGGAAUGAGAACGAAUAACGCCACGAACUGGAUGUCCUUGACCCACCCAGCAGCAUCACUGUACUCGUUAAUAGCCAACGACACUGAGAUACUAACAAACCAGGGAAUAAAAGCCUGGCAGACUUUGAUUCCUGGGUCUUCACUUCAAACUAAGUGCAUUAAGGAAGGCUUUAAUGUGGAUGGACGUCGCACCUCAGCAAGAAUUGGGAUCAUCGGCAAUCAACAAAAAAUUGUGAUACGGCUAAUUCGCGGAUUGGAUUUGGGACCGCCGGCAGUAGCUGUCGCCAAGACGAUACCAACUCUGCUGGGAAUGAAGCGCGCUGUAAACCGGAUAACGGAAAUWAGAGCAUCAAAGGAUUUGGUUAUAUUUUCGCUCGUGAAAUCUAAAACAUUCUUUUGUAAUGUUUCAAAUAUUUGCUUGGAAAUUAAGUUUGAUAUUAAACCAAGGGAGCACGUUAAAAUUUUGAUUGUGUUGGUUUAUCCUUUAUUUUAUCGCACGUAUUCUAAGAUAUGGUAG